AUGUCAGCUCUCCGAUGUCAAUUCGGACGGUUAGAUGUUAGGACAUUUCUGGACCGUCAUGUCGAGAAUCAUGUGCUCGUCAUGUCACUUUCGGACGCUUCUUGGCCUCCUUCCGGGCACUGCAGCCCGCCCUGCCGCUCGGGCUGCACGACCGGCGCGCUCGGCUUUACUGCUCCGGCUACUCUGCCGCUCUGCCCGGCCAAGAAACGAGUGGCCCCAAUCAAUAACGACCCCAUGAUCCGAGACCAUUGUUGCAUGCUGAUUCUGUGCCUGUGCUCGCAUGCCUCCCAACCCGGGUUUCUAGACUCAGGAUCCAGGCAUUCGGAAAGCACCUCGAGCUUCGCGUCGUACGACGACCUGCAGUGGAUCCGCGAGUCGCUGUCGUCAUCGUCGGACGACGACUCGCUGUCGUUAUCGUCCGGCGGCGCGAGCGACAUUCACGACGACGACCAAGACACGGCGGCUUUCUCGCUUCGCAAGCACAUCACCUCCGAGUGGAACAGGAAGUUCCAGGAAGGGUUGUUCCGUUACGACGUGACGGCGUGCGAGUCAAAGGUUAUCGAGGGACGUCUGGGCUUCAUUGCACAGCUGAACGAGGGGCGGCACUCCAAGAAGCGCCCCUCCGAAUUCCCUAUGGACAAGGUGUUGCAGCCGUUUGACCCCUCGAAAUUCAACUUCACCAAGGCCGGCCAGAACGAAAUGCUCUUCCGAUUUGAAGAAGGCGGGGAAGAGGAGAGCCCCAGCAUCGUUGCCAUCAAUGUGUCUCCCAUUGACUACGGCCACGUGCUGCUGAUUCCCCGCAUUCUCGACACAAUUCCCCAACGUAUAGACAAGCCGAGUCUCCUCAUGGCUCUCCGGCUAGCCUCGGAAGUCAACGAACCUGCCUUUAGGAUCGGAUACAAUAGCCUCGGCGCCUUUGCAACAAUCAACCACCUGCACUUCCAGGCCUACUUUCUCGACCUGCCCUUUGCCAUUGAGUGUGCAUCUUCGAAGGAAAUUGCAGUUUCAACAAAUGGGUGCAAGGUUGAAGAGUUGACUGAUUACCCGGUGAAGACGCUGGUUUUUCAGGCGGGUGCGUGCCUCGAGCAGAUGGCGUCAGCUGCUGCGGCGGCAUGCUGCGAGCUCCAGGAAAGGAAUAUUCCCUUGAACUUGUUUAUCGUUGACAGAGGCACCCGGCUGUUCCUCAUUCCACAGAGAUAUGCAGAGAGGCAGGCAAGGGGCGAGAUUAGCCAAGAGCUCCUUGACACUCUAGUGAACCCUGCGUCUUUUGAAAUUGCUGGUCAUGUCGUGUGCAAGCGCCGGGAGGAUUAUGACAAUGCUUCCGAAUCCUGGGCCUGGAAGCUUCUGGAAGCAGUGUCCCUCACUGAAGAGGGAUUCGAUGUCAUCAGGAUGAUUUGUGUGGAAACGCAUGCGGCAUCUGUUGCCAAGGUGAGGAGAAGUAAUUCUGUUGAGAAGGGAAAGGUGGAGUUUGUGAGCGGCUUUUUGGCAAAAAAACAUGGUGUUUCUCAGCAAGAUCUUCCGCUUGCAUAUGCCUGUGCUGGAUAG